AGGCCCGGGCGGAGGAUCCCGCCCACCGGCCCCGUCGCCGCCGCCGGCUCCGGGCCCGCCGCGCUGCGCGGGGCGCGGCCGCUCCGGCCCGGGGCGCGGGGCCGCUCCGCCACCGCGGGGCUGCGCACGGCAGAUGCAGCCAAAACCACCGUGGGCGAGAGCCACCAGGCCAGCAGCCGUGUGAUAAAGCCAGCGCGGCACCAUGCCUGCGGCAGAGCGGGUCCUCCUCCGCUCGGUCACCAUGUGGCUGCUCCUGCAGAGCAUCCUCCUCCUGGCCUCCUGCCUCCGCUCGGCUGCUGCGUUCCCCGUGGGCUGCUACCCCUCGGAAGAGGAGGGGCUGAAGACUUUCCGCUGCAGCAACGCUCGGCUGACCGAGGUCCCCAGGGACAUUCCCAACGACACCAACAAGCUCUACCUGGACUCCAACCGAAUCCCCUUCCUGCCCCGCGAUGCCUUCCAAGACCUGCCGCUCCUGCUGGAGCUGGAUCUGUCCCACAACGCCAUCGCCAGUGUGGAGAGCGGGGCGUUCCGGGGCCUGGCAGAGCACCUCCACUCCCUGGACCUGUCUUCCAACAGGCUGGUGUCGGUCAGCAAAGACGCCUUUAGUAACCUGAAGGCCAAGGUCAACCUCUCCAACAACCCCUGGCUGUGCGACUGUCGGCUGCAGGAGCUGAUCCGCACGGUGGACCUGGCCGCCGGCUCCUCGGCCGGCAUCGUCUGCGACUCCUCGGCGCAGGAGGAGCACGUCGGCAAAGCUUUCCUGCAGGUGAUUGCCGACACGGACUUCUGCAAUGUGUACAAAAAGACCACGGACAUCGCCAUGCUGGUCACCAUGUUCGGCUGGUUCGCCAUGGUGAUCUCCUACCUGGUCUACUAUGUGCGGCAGAACCAGGAGGACGCCCGGCGGCACCUGGAGUACCUCAAGUCCCUGCCCAGCAAACAGCGGCGGUCGGAGGAGUCGUCCACCAUCAGCACCGUGGUGUGAGGCGCUGACAUCCCGCAGGACGUGGGGACCCGUGGAGCUGGGGAUCGGCCGCUCCGCAGGCUCGCCGUGGCUGCAGGAGCUGUCACCAGCCACCGUCAUUGCACAGAAAUAGUCGUGGAUUUGUUCUGUUCUCCUCGGGGAAGCGAGUGCCCGGCUUUGGCGCAGCGAGGGGCGAAGCGGCUGCAGAGGUGGGUGGUUUUUGGCAAUGAGCACAGAGUGGCUGCAGCAUCCGAAGGACCAGAGAGAACAUGAGCAUCCCCCCAGCACGCAACCGACCUGGACAUUCAGACUUCAUUUCAAAGUUUUAGAUUUCCUUUGCAGAGAUCCCUUGGGGCAUUAGCGGAAUCAGUGUUUUAAUCCCUCCCCGGUUUGCCCGUGGCUGCCCGAGAGAUGUUCCUGGUGGUGCGGGGCAGCCUGGGCCUGGCUCCCUGCCCGCGCUGUGGGGAUGAGCGGUACGGCCGCAAGGUCAGUGCCCUGCCGGGUCACCGGCCCCACGAAGGUCCCAGUAGGACUGAAGGGCAGAGCUGGAGGUGGGGACACAUGGGUUGGGAAAGGCGAGAGGCAGGUCUCGGGGUGCCCCACUCCAGCUCUGGAUGAUGCUGACCCAUCUCUGGAGGGGAACCAAGGGGUCCAGGCAGUGGGUCCAGCCCUGCCGGGAUGUUGGGGAGCGGGUAUCCCCUCGGUGCUCCCCAGGGUGGGUGUAGCACUCCCAGCAGCCCCGCUCUGCCAUCAAGGAGAGCUCCCACCGCUCCCUCCUGCACACACGAGGCUGCCGACCGGUCACUGUGAUGGGAGACGGGGAUGGAGGGAACCACCGCGGCUCCUCCACCCUCUCCCCACUCCCGCAUUGCUGGCAGGAGCCUGAAUCUCCCCUAAAAUGCCCCAAAUUCCCUUCUUGACACUUCCAGUAUUGGGCCGCAGGUUCCUGGUGUUGGUAGGUAGAGGCUGAGGUGGCGGGUGCUGGUGUGGGUGGGGGUCGGUGCCACCUUUGGGGGUGCAGGGUCCAAGUGGCAACUCAGAGCAAAGCCCAAGCAGACCCAGGCUCUUCCAACCAAGUGUCUGGCCAUGAAGAGAGGUGGUUUUGCUGGUUUUGCCCUUUUUCUUUUUAAACCAACUGAAGCUAAAUUGCCUUAAUUCACCAAGAGCACCAACCAAAGCUGCUGGAACAUCCUCUGUGCCAGGCCAGAGCUGGCUCCGGCUGCCCCAGCAUGGUGGGUGCUUAUAGCCUGCUCUGGCCUCAGUCCCCGGUGCGGGCAGCGCGUUUGGGCACGGGCAGCGUGUUUUGGCACAGGCAGGGCUCUGUCCCCGACCUGCUGCCCAUCCUCCUUCGCCCUGGUGCCCGUGGGAGCCGUGGGCUGGAGCUGGCUGGGAGCGGCACCCGCGGCCCUUCCACAAGUGCCUAAUUUCUCAGUGGAGACCAGGGGCUCUGCAACGCACAAUCAACCUCAGCCCCGGCUCCGAGCCAGGCGUCCCCCCGCACCCCCAGCCCCACGGCAGCUCCCCCACCAUACAACCAGAGAAAAGGGGCUGGGGAGGACCCAACCGAGCCACCAUCAGCGGCUGCUCCCCCGUGGGCAUCCCCCGUGGUGUGCGGGGACACCUGGGACCGUCUGACCCAAUAUGUGUUUUGUUUAAGGGACCUUUUAUGUUCUUACUUUAUAUGACAAUAAAAUUGGCUUUUACUUUGGA